AUGAAAUAUCAUUUUAAACCAAAGAAUGUAACAAUGACUACCCUGGCUAUUCUGGACAAGCUGGACAUCGACUCUGAACGACCGACGGAGGAGCAGGUAGCCAGGAUGUUCGGCUACGAAGAGGACUACCUAGCGGGGCGCCUUACCACCUGGCAGAGGAUAAAGCCUAAGGUCUGGUCUCUCUUCGACGAGCCUUACUCUUCUCUUGCGGCUAAAAGAUAUUUAGAAUAG